GAUCAAAGUUCAGACCAUACGAAAAUAUUAAAAAAAGAAAAAACUUAUGUUUUGUCAUCUAUAUAUAUAUGCAUCCUCCCAUCAAGUCAGUCGACGGCCAACAACGUGUCCUUUUUUUUCUUCUUCUUUCUAUAGUGCCUAAUUUCCCAUCAACUCUAUAGCUUUCUUCCCUUCUAUCGUCUCUCUCUCUUCUCUUUCGUCUCCCUCUAAACUAAACAUGGUUGAUAAUUACUUCGCCCAUCCUUACAGUGCUCCACGCUUAUCCUUCGACUUCUCCGACGGCGUAUUACUCGACCACGCCGCCGCGGCAGCUGGAAACAGCGGCGGGGCGGUGAUGAAGGAGCACGACCGGCUGCUCCCCAUAGCCAACGUGGGGCGGAAAAUGAAGCAGAUCCUGCCGCCGAACGCCAAGAUCUCCAAGGAAGCCAAGGAGACGAUGCAGGAGUGCGUGUCGGAGUUCAUCAGCUUCGUCACCGCCGAGGCCUCCGACCACUGCCACAGGGAGAGGCGGAAGACGGUGAACGGCGACGACGUCUGCUGGGCGCUCGCCGCCCUAGGGUUCGACGACUACGCCGACCCGCUGAGGCGGUACCUGCACCGGUACAGGGAGCUCGAAGGGGAGAGGGCGGCCGCCGCCGCCGCGAGCCACGGGGUGGGUGGUACGGCGGCGGCGGGGGAUGGGGAAGAAGACGGUGGUGGUGGAGAUGAGAGUUCUUCUUCUCGGUGUGGAUUGAAGCUGUCCGGCGGUCAGUCCACGUACUUCCAUGUAAUUUGACUACGUCUCUUUCUGUGUCGUGGUGCCACGUGGUGGUGCCACGUUGACAGAGAUAGAAAUGGACCGCUCUUUUCAGGCUUGGGUAGUUUCUAACUUUUUCGAUCUCUUGGUGUGUUUUGUCUAAAUUCUUUUUGGCUAAGGGGGUGAAUCUUAAUAUGUCAAUUAAUAACUGCGUGUGUGCCCAAUAUAUUGAUGGAAUUAAUACUAGUAGAAUAUGAAAAAUAAUAUUGUCCAUAGCUUUUUGAUAGGAUAUUUGACCCAACAUGAGGAUGUCAGGAUAUCAUCUAACGUAGGAUUAUUUAGAAAAAUAAAAUAUAGUUCAUAAAAUAUUUUUUUAAUUUUUUAGCACUCAUAAUAUAAUCUUGUAUUUUGGAAAAUUAGAAUACAUUUUGGUAGUCGAAACUAUCAAGAAUAUCAAUCAGUCUUUGUGUAUCGAAUAAUUAUUCAUGAUUUAGUUAGUCUUUCACUUUCGAAUGGAGUUCUUUGUUAAUAAGAUUUUAGCAUCAAAACUAGAGUGGUUAGGAGGAACUCAAUAGUGGAUUUUUUUUAUGUAUUGAAUUUUACACAAAUUUGAAAAUCAUAUGGUUAACAAUUGAGAUUAGCAAGAUUUGAAUACAAGAUCUCUCAGUCAACCAUUCGAAAUUAGAUGCAUCCUAAUUUUCCUUCUCAAUCAACGAUUAUAGCUAAUUUAUUGGUUUUUCUCUGGAGGACCCAUUGUGUUAGUCUGUUACACUCUGCUUUCGCCACUGGUUGAAAUAAACUUUUGGUGGAAUUUUUUUUUUUUUUUUUGUUGAUACUGAAUAUAGGUAUACUUUUGAUUCCAGUGAAGCAUGUGCACCAUUGUCAUUUGUGUGUAGCUCGUUACAAAAAUAAAAUGAAUUUAUCUUUAAACAAUUUGUAAUAAUAUAUCAAUCAUUUGUAAGGUCAAUUAUGUGCAUUUUAAUUUUCAUUCCUCAAUGACAUAUUAUACUUAAUUUAUCGAUUUUCCUCUCAAAUCAUGGUAGGUACAGGGACCCAUCCUAUUCCAUUCUCCCCUCCACCCUGAAUCCAACUCAAUCGUAAAUGGGGUGGUAAGUAUAUUAAACCUAAAUUAAUUCAGUUUAGUUUGUCUAUAGGGGUUUCACUCGUGAAUUUGGAUUUCCUAUUCAAACUCAUACCAUUUCUAUAAAAUUACAUUCUAGUAUCUUAUGUAGAGAGCAUAACCUUGAUUAUGAAAUUGUACAUAAUCAAAUAUGAACCUUUGAUUUCAAGUGGGUCAUCUCAUAUCUUAUGAGUGGGAUUAAAAAAAAAAUUAAUUACCUUAUCUUUUUUAAUCUCUUUGUAUCUCCUUUGUUUUAACUCGAAUUUUGAUAAUCUUUACACAUAAUGAAUGAUUUCAUUAUGAUCUACAAAAUAAUAUUCAAUAUUUUAAAAUUUUGAAGGAAAAAUUUCCAAACCCAUCUUACCACCCUUGGUUUAACUCAAAUUCUUAAUUUUUUUUUCAAAAAAUAAGCUCAUUGUGUCUACAAAAUUAUGUCAAUUCUGGGGAAAAUGGGAUCAAAUAUAUCACAUUCUACCAUAGUGGGAAAUUUUCCUAGACGUGGAGGGUGGUACAUGGUGGUUUGUUUAAUCCUACCAUUUUAUGGUCUACACUAUUAUAUAUUCAUACCACCAUGAUGCACUUUAUAUUAGUGCGAUAUAAUUUUAUGUUGUACCAAGUACCAACCUAUACCGCAAUGGUAUACAGUGGUAACCUCGUUUAACAUUUUCUUUUGUUAAAAAGAUAUCAAACUGUAUGUAAUUUUUUAUGGUUUCGAAUGUCAUUUUAAUAAUAUGAUCAAUAUGUU